AUGCAAUUCAACAUUUUGUGCCUUUUCGCUAUUUUCGCAAUUGUUUUCAUCAACGAUGUUUCUGGAUGUUUUGGUGGAUUCAGUGGUGGAAUGGGUGGAUAUGGUCCAUUUUCAUCUGGUUGUUGUCAACCAAGCAUGUAUCAUCAUUGCCAAAAUCCAUGGUGAGUUUUCGUCCAAAUAAUUUUCGCAUUUUUAUUUUUUCAGUGGCGGUGGAUACGGCGGUGGAUACGAAUCGGGAUAUGCUACCUCUUAUGGAAAGAAAUAA